AUGGUGUGUGAAUACGGUCCAAUAAUUGAUGACCAUGCUGAGAAAUCGCGAGACCUGAUCUUGGUGGGAAAGCUGCUCGGUCACAAAAAGCCCCGAGUUUUCGCUUUUGUUGACCGGCGUCCUUCCGCUUUGCCGUCGUUUCUCCCGUCUGUUGUUCUGCGUCUUCGAGAAUGGAUUGGCUGCUUCCUGGCGGGGGCUUAA